AUGGUAGAGGCUGGUUCAGACGUGGUAGAAGAUAACGAAAACCUGGACAUAAAUCCAAAGCCACGAUGGGCGAUACCCCAACGUUUAGAUUUUAUGACAUUCAUUGGACAUGAUGUGUUCGCCGUUGCCCAUGAUUUAUAUAUAAUAUUUCUUAAUAUGAAAACAAGCUCUGAAUAUGUGUAUGUUGCUAAUAAUACCGAACAUGGUGAUGGCGUUGAUGUUAUUGCAGGUCACAGAUCUCAUGUAUUUGCAUUUGCAGAGAAAGCAAAAAAUCCUCGCAUUUUUGUUUUACAGUACCCAAGCUUUCACAUACUAGCUGAACUCGCAGAUCCUGAUGUAAAGCGGUACAAAGGUCUUUGUAUGAUGGAGUGUGAUUUAAUAGCAGCGUUCAGUGGCUUUCCGAACUACAUCAUGAUUAUCUGGAGUUGGAGGACUCAUCAAAAGCUUCUAUCAGUCUCCACAGGUGUUGUAAGACGACAGCAGAUUUAUAUGGCAAGCCGUACUCAUAUGCUGGUCUGUGAAUGCUGGGGUGAAGGCCUGCACGUAUGGGAAGUGGCGCAAUGCUACAAGCGUUGUAUGGUGAUGAAGAGGACCAAACCUGAAUGUAGUGGUUGGGAGGUGUCUGAUCCAGCACUGGUUGCUGUUUGUUGGAGCACCGAGGGUCAGUUGUAUGCUGUGGAUGCUAAAGCAAAUCUUUAUAGUCUGCUGUCUGAUGGUAUAGGCAUGGUUACCAGUUUAGAAUGGAGCGAGGACCUCAAAGGAAUAAGAAAACCGUGUAUGGCUUCAUUUGGUCACGGCAUUCUUGUUUAUGGACCUGACAAAAAUCUUAGGUACCUUAAAAAGCCCGAUGGCGAAUGGCAUGUAGUGUGGCAUCAGAAAAUAGAAGAUGAGGUACUUCGUCUAGUAUCAAAUUCCUUCUCAGACUCCGCUGUUAUCUGGACCGAGAGGGGGUUCGUAUAUAAAGUUGUGGCGGAAGGAGAAGACAAGAUUGAUCUGAAGCUGUUCACUUAUAAACAAAGGAAUAUAAUAAAAAUUCAACUUUUGGCACCAGAUUUUACUCAUAUCGUUACUAUGAACAAUCGCGGAGUCCUUUGUAUCUAUGAAGUUAUGACAGCAAAAUUGGUACUAAUGAAAUAUGUGGAAGGCGCAGACAUAUCAUUCGAAGCAAGCCCCACGGACCCACUUCUGAUCAUAUUCGGGGAAGUGGGCCAUAACUACGGAAUGGCACUUUACGUGUUCCGUUCCGAACUAGUGAAAGUGGGCAGUGUGUGUUUGACCCAUCAGAUUGUUUCUCGCGUCGUGUUUUCGCCCACGGGCAGGGAAUUGGUCGCAGCGGCCAUGUCUGCGGGACAUAUUUUCAUUUAUCAGUUCUCUGAGGAUUACAAGCUUACCCUUGUUAGAUACACGGAGCUGGGUCGAGGCCUGGCGGACUGCUUUCUCAUGAAAGUUGGAGAUGCCAUGCGUGUGUUCAGCCUUGUUUUGUUCUCAGAUAAAUAUCCAAUUGGUGAACGUAUAAUUUGUAUAAAUGCGGACUCUGGUAAGGACAAUAAGUUUGCUGGCAAAAUGGCCGGACCAUACGCGAGACUGCUGCCACUCAGCGGAAGAGAUAUGGCAGUGGCUGUACCGCAUCUCGCCACCCAGGCUCAUGUGCUGAAGUUGGCUGGCGAUAAAGGAGUGACGGUGUCAGUGAAAAUGGGUCCGUUUUUAGAAACGGGUCAUGAGUUGAAACAGUUUGACGCGUUCUACAGUCCCGGAGCGUUUCUUACUUUUGGAUACGAUGGGGCUGUGGUGAUGAGGCAGCCACACGGACCACAAGAGUAUGAACUGAAGCUGGCUGUUACACACCGGUAUGAAUCCGGUAUAAAGCAAGCAAUAAUAGACGCAAAUGCGACAUAUAUUGCUCACCUUGGCGGAAAUAAGACGAUGGUGGUACAUCACCUUCAUGGUCUUCAGCAGGAAUUGCAGGUCGAAGUACAUCAUGAACCACCGCAAAUGGAAAUGUUUGAAGAGAGUCUUAAUACGAUCACCAUCAUUAACGAAAGAGAUAAAAACUAUCUUGAUCUGCAAGAGGAUAAAAAAGUGAAAGAGGAAACAAUGGAUUACAAGAAACAGCGCGAAGAGGUCGUGAAAUCUUUUGAGUCUGUUCAAUCUCGUGUGGUUGCUCUUCUAGAAGAGAACAUCGCGGAGAUACCGUUACAUCAACUUUCUCUUUCUGAGUUUAAUCUACAUAUUGAACAUAAGAAAGAACGAAACAAGCAGGCUGAGAAAGAUAGAGAGAAAAUUAAAUUGGAAACAGAAGCCCGUAUACGAGCCCAAGACAAGGUGACUGCCUGGAUCAAGACCACCUGUUGGGACACCAUGCUCACACCGCGAGUUAAACUUUAUGCUAUCUUCAGCCAUUAUCAGGUUGAAAAUUACGCAGUGCUCCCAACACAACGGGACAACUGGCCUGAAUUACAGCAGAUUGAGGCGCUCAGAAAUGUGGAGAUGGAGAACGAUCACGACCUGUUCCGACCCUGGGAGGAACCAGUUGAUAAGAUCAGCGUUGAGGAACUGUCUGUACCGCCUGGCCCCGAAUCAGUAUUAUCAAUGAAAUCAGGCCACAAAAGCCUCGAAAGCCAGAUGGUAACAGAUGUUCUGGAAACCGAGGAGUCGUUGGAAGGUCAGCCGCAUGUCCUGUCAGGGUCCAACGUGCACCGGUUUGUGGAUAUACCGGCAUUCAUGAUACCGCAAACUGUGGCUUUUAGUUUUCUCCAGAUGAACUGGUUGCAGCACAUCGUCAAGUUAAAUGUUCAAAAUAUGCGUUUGUGGUUCAACAAACAAUUCGAUGAUUUGAUGAGCCAGAAAAGAAGAGAAGUUGGCCUUGUAGAAGAGAGAAAUGCACGACUACGAUUUAUAAUAGAUGAGUUGAACAAAUUAUCUGAUCUUCGCGGGAGCUUUCAUCACUUGAACAUGCAAAUAACAGACCCGGAGUGGAAGCAGGAGGAACUACCGCUGAAGUUGAUCAAGGUGGAUCCCGAAGAGUGUAGCAUCGAACCUUACAUCAGUCCAAGCCAGAUAGUGAUUCCGCCUCCAGACCCUGGACCGAAGGAUGACUUCCGCGAAAGAGCCCUCAUCGAGAUGAUGGAUGGAGUAUUGGAGAAAUUGUGGCACGAAGAGAUCAAGAAGCCCAUACCGAUGCCGCAGUGUAUGCUAGAAAAAGACCCAGAACAUUUUAACGAAGACGACCUACGUUUAGUUUUCGAUUAUGAAGCAAAGGUAGCUUUUAGGAACGAAGAACGAGAUAAAUAUAGGAAGAUGUUGCAUGCAGAGUACGCUAAAUUGUCACAGGUUUUGAACGAGGGUGUCGUCAAGUUUAACCAGAAGGUAAAAGAAAUGUGGUUAACAAAGUUAAAAGUUGAUUCUGUGAUUGGUCAAGAAAAUCUCAAUUUGAUGAGAUUGCGCCGAGUGAAUCUCGACCGAGUUGAAAUGGCUGAAAAACUAGAAAAUAUGAGAAACGACAUAAGUAAAACAGAAUUCGACGUAGACAAUUUACAGCAAGAGUUGCAGCUCAUUCAGGAGCAGAGCGAAGAGUGUCAGAACACAUAUGACAAUUUAUCACAGAAGGAUCGUCAUAUGGACAAAACGUUCAAGAAUCAUUUCGCUGAUUUGUCUCCCAUUAUCGUUGACCAGUGUUAUAAAUACUUCAAAAAGCGUCCCAAAUGGCAUCAACGUGCAACUAUGAUCCCCGUCGUGCUGUACGACCUAGCGAACGCUGUCUUGACGGGCGUGAGGCCGCCGUUACUGCACGCUGAUUGCGUCGACUUUUUCAAAGGCGUGGAACAACUCGACCAAAUCAGUAACAUGCCGCCUGUCAUGGACGAAGCUCUUUGGGCCACCACCUGCAAAUUACGAAGGGUCAAAAUCGAGAAUGAAAUUAGGAUGCGAGCAGUGGCUCAAGAAAUGUCGUACGUAGAGAGUGCGGGAAGUAUAUGGCGAUCCUCCAUACAGGCUCGGAGACAUCUACUCGCCCAGACCAACGAAAUGAUACGGCAGCACCGAGAUGAAGUGGAAUUCACCGCUAAGAAUAGAACAUUGCAACUGGUAUUACCAGCAGGACAAGUGGAGAUCACCACCACAGGUCACAUGCAGGACUACGAUGAUGCCACACUCAUACUGCGACAGGAUAUUGAGCAAAUUAACAAUCUCAUAUUGAAAGUUGGCGAUUGGAAGCUAAAUAUGAUGCGCAAGCAGAUGGAGUUCCGCAAAGGCAUCCUGGCUAAAGAGUGGGAACACGCCCAGAUGAAGAUGAAGCUUCGGCACAUGGAGCAGGAGCUGUACUCUUAUCAAAGGCUUAAGGUCCCGAAAGAGCUCCAACUAUAUCUCAAAAAUAAAGAGCUUGGGUACACAGACGAGCAGGACUACGUGCGAAUGGAGAAGGAGAUGGAGGCUUCGAAGGUGUCUGUCAACAAAGUGUUGACCGAACAAAUUCGUAGGGUCGAGGAGUUGGAGGUGAAAAUCAACGAUUUGGUAGGCCAGUCCAAAGACCUGGAGAAGCUGAUAGUCAGCCUCAACGUGAAGGUGUCUGAGAAGAGACUACACGAAGACCCAUUGGAGCCUAUACGAAUACGACGCACCUUUAAGAAACGUAUGGAAACGCUUGUAAUGCGCAGUAAGUUGAUUCGUGAAGUCCAAGCGAAUCACACAACUGUGGUUCUCCUGCAAACAGAGUUGGAGCUUUUACGACUCAAGACUUAUCCGACACUGGCCAGCUUUAGGACAUUGGAGUGAUGCUUUUUUUAAAGUAUUUUAGAAUUUAAUAUGUAUGGCGCCUAUUGGGGAAAGAAUUUUUAGAAAUCCGUCCAAAACCACGUAUUCAUUACAUGAUACCAUUUUUUCUCC